AUGACAGAGUUUACCCCUCUUAUCGUCGCCGCCCUGGACUUUGGUACCACCUAUUCCGGGUACGCUUUUCAGAUGAGACACGACUACGAACGAGAACCUUUGAAGAUCAACACAAAUUCCUGGAUCGGCAGCGGAAAGUUGAUGUCACAAAAAGCCCCGUCUUCAGUGCUCCUCUCACCAGACAAAAAAUUCCACUCCUUUGGAUAUGAAGCCGAAAAUAAGUAUUCUGAACUGACCGAGGAAAAUGAUCAUACGGGCUGGUUGUACUUUAAACAAUUUAAAAUGCUUUUACAUAAUAACAAGACACUUGGUCGAUCCACCUUGAUAAAGGAUAUAAAUGGCGAGAUGAUGCCGGCGAAGACCAUCUUUUCCAUGGCGAUACGAUACCUGAAGGAACACCUGAUGACCAUGGUCCAGAAACAAGUAGUUAGCGACGUGGAGGAGGACAUGAUCGGCUGGGUUAUCACCGUCCCGGCGAUCUGGGACGAAGGCGCCAAACAGUUCAUGAGGGAAGCAGCACAAGCUGCUGGUAUAUGUACUGACCAUCUCAAGUUGGCGUUGGAGCCGGAGGCUGCCUCAAUGUACUGUAUGAAGGAACAUGGCAUUAAGGUUCGCGAAGAAAGCACCGGCAGAACUCUGACUCCACUGUUCGAGGAGGGCUCCAAGGUCAUCGUUGUAGAUAUGGGCGGUGGAACCAUUGAUAUAACAGUACACGAAAUAACGGUUGGUCAGCGCAUCCGUGAGAUCCGACGAGCCUCGGGUGGGGCGUAUGGCGGUACGACAGUGGACAAGGCUUUCCUUACGUUCUUGCAGCAAGUGUUUGGUGCAGAAGUUCUGGAAGCACUCAAGCAGGAUGCAAUGACAGAUUACCUCGAAUUUUUCAGGGAUUUUGAGGUGAAGAAAAGAGCCUUUAAAUCUGACGCGGGAAGAAAAAUGGUGUUUCAUGUUCCAGUAGCAUUGGUGGACCUGCACCAGAGAAUGACUGGUAACAGUUUUGCUGACAGUAUGGCGAAGUCCGCUAAGUUCUCAAAAUGUGUUACUAUGAAAAGAGACAAAAUGCACAUAGGAUUUGAGGUGUGUACGGAGUUUUUCAGUGAAGCAGUGUCAGGAACAAUUAGUCACGUCCUAGAGGUUAUGAAUGACGAUAUCACAACGGUAGUGUUGGUUGGUGGGUUUUCCGAGUCAUCUCUUGUACAAGCACAAUUUGAAGAGAUGUUUCCAAACAAGGUCAUCGUCUGCCCGCAGGAUCCCGGGCUUGCUGUUCUCAAAGGUGCCGUAUUGUAUGGAUUUGAUCCGAGUGUCAUAAAAUCCCGAGUGAUGAAGUACACAUAUGGUAUUGAAAUAAAUAAUGUGUUUGAACCAACACUGCAUUCACCUCAAAAUAGAUUCUGGAGUCCGACCAAUAACCAGUGGUAUAGUUGUAAAUGCUUUGACCCGUUUGUCACGGCAGAACAAGAAGUGGAGGUUGGCAGCAUUGUCACAAAGUUCUACACUCCGGGUUGCAAGCAGAAUGAAGUGGAAAUAACAGUUUACGCCUCUAACCAGAGACCAACUUACAUUAACGAACCGUCCUGCUUCCAAAUCGGCAAAAUCAAAGUGGAGCGUCCAGUCCAGGGGUGGAAUCCACAAUCGGUACUCCAGGUUGACAUACUGUUUGGUGGAACAGAGUUCACUGUGAAGGUCUCUGAUAAAUUUCAAAGACUUUCGUAUGUAAACAAAUUCGACUUCCUUCGGUCAUGA